AUGUUUUCUUUCGCUGAGCUCCACUUCAACGCAGACAACGGCUACUUGGAGGGGCUGGUCCGGGGCUUAAAGACGGGCUUGCUAACCCACUUCGAUUACACAAACCUGGUGCAGUGCGAGUCGCUGGAGGAUCUGAAACUCCACCUCCAGACUACAGCCUACGGGAACUUCCUGGCGAAUGAGGUCUCCCCACUCUCUGUGUCCAUCAUUGACGACAGAAUGAGGGAGAAGAUGGUGUCAGAGUUCUUCUACCUGAGGAACCAGGCGUAUGAACCGCUGAGCAAGUUCCUGGACUUCAUCACCUACAGCUACAUGAUCGACAACGUCAUCCUGCUGUUAACGGGCACCCUCCACGAGCGCUCCAUCUCCGAGCUCAUGCCCAAGUGCCACCCUCUGGGCCACUUUGAUCAGAUAGAGGCCGUGAACAUCGCUCAGACACAAGAAGAACUGUACAACGCUAUCUUGGUGGACUCUCCGCUCGCUAUCUUCUUCCAGACCCACUUUUCCAAGGAGGAGCUCCAGCAGCUGAACAUCGAAAUCCUCCGCAACACGAUGUACAAAUCCUACCUGGAGUCUUUCUAUCAGUUCUGCACCCUGCUGGGGGGCACCACAGCAGAGGUCAUGAAUCCCAUCUUGGAAUUUGAGGCCGACCGCAGGGUCUUCAUCAUCACCAUCAACUCGUUUGGCACCGAACUCUCCAAGCAGGCCCGGGCCAAACUCUUUCCGAAUUGUGGGCUGCUCUACCCGCAUGGUCAGGCCCUGCUGGCACAGGCGACUGAGUUCAAGGAGGUCAAAGCUGUGGCCGACUUCUACCCACAAUAUAAAGAGCUUUUUGAAGCGGUUGGCUCCAAUGCUGGAGGUAAGACCUUGGAGGACCGAUUCUUUGAGCACGAGGUGAACCUGAACAAGCUGGCCUUUCUCAGACAGUUCCACUUUGGCAUCUUCUACGCUUUCGUGAAGCUUAAGGAGCAGGAGUGCCGGAAUGUUGUGUGGAUUGCUGAGUGCAUCGCCCAGAACCACCGCAACAAGAUCAGAAAUUACAUUGACAUCUUCUAG